ACCAAUCAACAGAAAGAGCUGAAGACGUCGGCUCUGUCAUGUGAUCAGCUGUGUCCAAGGAGAGCCGGUAAUCGGCAUUCCUCAGAGGGGACAUCUACACUGAUCAUCAGGGCACUGAUGAUCAGUGCCCUGAUGAUCAGUGUAGACCCAUCAGUGCCAUCUGUCAGUGUCCAUCAAUGCCACCUGCCAGUGCCCAUCAGUGCCACAUCAAUGCCACAUAUCAGUGCUUUCCAGUGCACAUCAAUGUCACAUAUCAGUGCCCAUCUGAGCUGCCUUUCAGUGCCACCUAUCAGUGCCACCUAUCAGUACUGCCAAUCAGUGCCACCUAUCAAUGUCAGUCAGCACCGCCUAUCAGUGCCAGUCAGUGCCACCUAUCAGUGUGCGUCAGUG